AUGGCUCCAACCGGCUCCAGCCAGAAGUCCUCAGUGACCGCGUCCGGAGCCCCGAAGCGCUGUGCCGGCCCCGCGAAGGAUGCCAUGGCUGGCCACAUUGCCCAUCUGAAGGACAUGGGCUUCUGUGAGUCUCAAGCCAGAAAGGCACUCGCCGAAUGUGUCUGGGAUGUGAACAGGGCUAUUGAUCUGCUCGUCGCACGAGGAGCGGUAGCGUUGGCAAGUCCCACACUUCCCAAGGGAAGCGUCAAGGAGCGCAGUGGCAGCAGGGAUCAGACGGAAGUGGUGUCCAACAAGGGCAUAGAUGCUGACAACUCUACCACUGCCUCCGGGGUCUCCACGCCUAGAUGCUGCCAAUCCUUCUCGAGCUCAUCCACACUGGAAUCUGGUCGUGGGGUUGAGGCCUCAGGGGAGAGAGAUGACAAAGAUCGAAGAGAUGACAAAGACCGAAGCAAGAAGUCAAUUCGGCGAGUUUGCAGGAGAGUGACGUCGCAAGACGCUCAACAGCUCAGUGCCGAACCUGGCGACUUUGUGCGCGUCUGGCCCCACUCCGAGACCGAGCUGGGGUGGAUUUAUGCGGAGGAUCCAACGGAUGCGUCCAGGGCCGGGUGGUUGCCAAGUGCCAUCCUUGAGCAUAGCGAAGCUGGCCAUGAGUGGCUGUGUGUACAGAAGGAGAUGCCCGCCGUCCACGCGAAUCAGAUGGGGGUCGAAGAAGGGGAGAUCCUGAAGGUCAACCUCGCCUCCCGCACGCCUGAGGGCUGGGCAUAUGCACAGAAGGCCGAAGCUGGAAAGGCUUCUGGCUGGGUGCCCGUCUGUAGCCUGCUGUGGCAGGACUCGCAGCUGUGA